AUGUCUACCCAGGAUAUCACCAAUCCCUUCCGCUUCAUGGACCUACCCGCAGAGUUGCGCCUCAUGGUCUACAAGCGCCUACCCCGUCAGAUCAAGCACACUGAGAUUCGCUAUGUAACCGGGUAUUACGCCAGCACGAACGAGAAGAUUGGCUCAACAGUGGUCGUGAUCACACGUCACCUCCCAGUAGCUAUUUUGAGGACGAGCCGUCAGGUCCUUGCCGAGGCGCAUGACAUCGUCGCGAAUCUGAUCCGGACUUUCGUGGAGGAGUCGCAGCCACGGGUCAUAGGCCAUGACACCGACCUGGUCGCAUUACAAGAGCUCAUCUACCUUAUACGCACGGAACGCAAAGCCUAUUUGGUCUCCCAUCACACUGCUAUGGGCUACCCUGCUACAAAUCGCCGCUACAAGGCUAUCAAAGCAGAUACCAUGUUAACCGACAUGUUGACCGACCAGCACAAUCCUUUCCCGUUCAUGAGUCUUCCCGUCGAACUGCGUCUAAUGGUCUAUGAGCGACUGCCACGCCAAAUCAAACACACCGAGGUCUCUAUAGACGGAGAAAGGGCUAUCCUGGUCACAAGACAUCUGCCGACCGCCAUACUACGUACGAUCAAGCAGAUCCGCCUAGAAGCACGCACAAUUGUAGAGAAACUAGUCCGACAAUUCAUCGAAGAGUCACCAACAAAGCUCAUUGAGCUCGGCAAAGCUGGAACAAAGAUGAGACAGAAGAAGAUACUCGACUAUCUCAUGUCACAAAUCCCCCGCGAGCGUAUGGCCGUCGAAGACGAUGAGAAGUCCGACAUCGAAGGCAUUCUUCAGAGACUGCCCAAGUCCAGUGGACUUCAACCUACCGAUCCUGCCGCGGCACCCAACGUCGCUCGCUUCUUACAACAAGCUGCUAGAGCUAGAUAUUGUCCCGGUGAUGACUGUUUCCACGACGCUGCCGGUGGACUGUGGAACAACACCGUCGUCACAGUCUUCGCGGCCCGCACAUCUUAUAAGAACGAGGAAGAGUUCCAAUGCUUCGCUGAGAUCAACCACAGACACAUUCGACAUAUAUACCACCACAGAGGGAUGCCGCACUUUCCGCACGAUAUAUGGAUUCGAGAUGGUGGUAUUAUACAGGUCGAAGAGUAUGUCUCUUUCGAAAGGGCGACUGACAGGGUUCCGAUGCUGUGUCAGGAUGGCUACGAUGACUGGGGUAAUAGGAAAGAGGGUGUAGGAGAUUCGUGGGGGCCGGCUAUGAGGAGGGAGGAUUGGGAUGGGGAGUGGCUUCCUUCGUAG